AAGAUGUUAACACUGCACAGCAUUCACACUGGGAUUAGCAAGGGCAAGGGAUUAAAUCAAGAUGGUGUCAAAAGUAUUUUACUUAUUUGCACUAAUAUUAUUUAUAUUUGUGAUUAAAAGUCAGUCUGCGCCUUUCAUAGAGUCUAAAAAAGAGAUUCAAACUGCUCCGGUUAAAGAUGCAAAUGAAAUGAUGGAAACAGCGGAAUCACAAAAUCCGUUCUUGCCGCGGUUUGCCAUGAGAAGGUUAAAGGAGAGAAGGGAGAGAGUGCGGGCACAAAGACGACAGAACCAAGGAGUUAGGAGAUCACAAACGGUUAGACCGCCUUGUACACAUUGGAGGACAUAUAAAAAAUGAAGACUUGUAUUGCAAUAGUGAUAUUAGGGAUAAUAAGUGUAAUCACGAGUGCUGAAGAAUUAAAUCAAAAGAAUCCGUCACCAGAAAAUAAUCCAAUCGAAGAUACAACAAAUGUCAGUAAACAAGAAGACCAGGAAAACAUAAACACCGAAUCUCAUAUCAUUAACGAGAUUACUGAAAAAUAUGACAAUGCCGAAAUUGACAUAGUAAUAGAAGAAAGUAUUGAAGGUACACCAAAUGACUUUAUAUCACCAGAAGCACCUAUUGAAUCUCCGGUCAAUGAAUUAAUUCUACCAGGAGUAACAUCUCUUGAAGGUAUACCUAAUGAAUUGAUAGCAUCUGAGCCGCCAACAACUUUAAUAUACGAAGAUGAAGCCCAAGAACCACAAAUAUUCAAUCCUUUUGUCGAAGACAAUGUAAUUAUAAAAGAACCCGGUGAAAUUAUGGAGACCGCAGCUGGAUUCGUCCCUAUUCCAAUCAUCAGAAACAGACAGAAACAAAGAAGACGCUUCGUCACAAGAAGAAAUUUCCAAAGAUAUCCAUUUAGAAGAUUUCACUUCUUUUAUCCCUAUCCAUUUUAUCAUCCCAGCUCUCUGAGAUAUUAUAGAUUUUAAGCCAUACCAAAAACGUUUUGUAAUCUUUGUAAUUUACAGGAUAUUUAUUAAAAUUUUAAUAAUAAGGUAAAUAAAACAAAAAAGUCUUUU